CUCUUAACCAAACAGAUCCCUUCAUCAUCGAUCCCGCGCUUCUUCGAAGACGACCACAGUCAUGGUGCUAGAAGCAAAAAACUCUUCACUCUCGAAUUUGCUCUUUCAUAUUUGCGUCAAUGUCUAAUCCAAUCAUCAUCUCCGACGACGAAGACCAAAAGACUCCACUACCGUAUCUACCCAAAAAACCCAGAACUGGACCUGACCCGCUCCCUACUAUUCUCGUGCUCGACGAUGACCCGACCCCACAGAAACUACGGCCUGCCUCCUCCUCAUUCUCCUCCACUCCCUCUUUCGUUGCCGACACUCCAAUGUCUGAUAUCUCUAUCGUGAAAUGCACAAUGGGGACUUCAAAUCCCCAAAUUGUGGUUUCCAAUUGCGAUCCAAAGCCCUCAGGAAAUUGUGGAUUUAUGUGUUUGGAAUCCGAAAAUGAUGAAUCGGAAAGUGAAUCUGUAAUGGGAAAUCAGAAGAACACAACAAUGGGUAAUAGUGAUGAUGAGAUAGAGAAGACGGGGUGGAGUUCUAGACUAUUUGCUUCCAUUGAUUCACUUGGGGAUGGUAAUCUGGCUCAAGCAUCAGGGGACACUUCUUCCCAAUCCAUUUUCUUGCAAGGUGAUAUCAAUCAGGUAAGUAGUCCUGAUAGAGAAGAUUUUAGCAUGGAACAGAUGAGCAGGACUGUAAAACCCAGAACUAACGUUAAUUCUGACAAGAAUAGUACAAAGAAGGUAGCGGGGAAGAAGAAGAUGACAAAAGAGGAAAGAAUUCGAUUAACAGAAGAAAAAAAGCUCAAAAAAGAACAAGAGAAGUUGCAAAAAGCAGCUUUGAAGGCUCAAACUGCAGAGCUGAAAAAAUUGGAGAAGGAAAAGCAGAAGUGGGAAAAAGGGAAGUUAGCUCUAAAAUCUAUAGUUGCUGAGUUUGAUUCUAAGGUAGUUGAACAGGGUUCAGUUGGAGGACAUUUGCUUAUCAGGUUUGCUGAGAAAGGCCUUACAUACCGCAUAACAUCAAAUCCAAUUGAAAAAUCAAUUGUCUGGACUAUGAGUGUUCCAGAACAUAUUUUGCAGCUUUCUCCUGAAGGAACCGAGGUACGGUAUGUGUUACUUGUAUAUGAGGCUGAGGAAUUCUGCAAUCUUGUUAUCAAUGAAUCACUUCUGGACCAUGUUUCUAGAGUUCAAAAUUGUUAUCCAUCUUAUACAAUUUGCUAUCUCACAAAUAAGCUGAUGGCUUAUAUCAAUAAAAGGGAAAAGGAACAAUACAAGAACCCAGAAAAUGAUAAUGCUUGGAGAUGUCCACCUAUUGAAGAGGUCCUGGCAAAACUGACCACUCAUUAUUCCAGGGUACAUCAUAGGCAUUGUAGAGAUGAAGCUGAACUCGCUGAACAUAUUGUGGGUUUGACUUGCAGCCUGGCAACUUGCCAAUAUAGAAAUAAGUUAACGCGACUAUCUGUGAACGCUAAUGGUUCCCUUAUCCCAAAGGACUCUAUUGACAAGAAUUUUAUAAAAAAGAGUCCAUGGUUAAAAGCUUUGGUAGCUAUCCCAAAGGUGCAGCCACGAUUUGCUGUUGCUAUAUGGAAGAAGUAUCCUACCAUGAAAUCUCUUUUACGUGUUUACAUGGAUCCUAGUAUAUCGGUGCAUGAAAAGGAAUUUCUGCUCGAGGACUUGACCACAGAAGGUUUACUUGGUGGUGAAAGAAGAGUAGGUCAGAUUUGUUCAAAGCGAGUCUACAGAAUACUUAUGGCUCAAAGUGGAAGCAUCAGAACUGAUGAUGUUGAAGAUGGUGCUGAUUUUUUCAGGCAUCAAUCGUCUUGAAUAACUUUACAAUGCGAUUCUUUGUAAUCAAGAUAGAAGAUUAUAUAUAUAUAUAAUGUUUGUGAUUACUAAUUAUUUC